AUGGACCCGGGUAGGCAGGCCAUGAUCAACGGCUGGAAGUCGCCGCGCAAAGGAGACCGAGACAUCACAGCGCCUCGGUACGACUCGACCAGCCGCAUCUCCAAACCGUCUCGCCUACCGGCGCCCAAGAACUCGGCAGCGAAUGCUGUUGGCAGGUACCUCACCCAAGACCAACAAUCCGAGCAGUUCGUCGCCGACGAAGACAAGUUUGUCUUGAGACAGGCAAAGAAGAAGGCCGACAUUCGAGUCCGAGAGCGGCGCGCCAAACCCAUCGACUACCUCGCCUUCAAUCUGCGCUUUAUCGACUCUGACCGUGACGUAUUCGAUGACGAGGAUGCCGACGUCGAGAUCAGGGUACCCGCGCCCGAGACCGUGCUGCAAACCCUGAACGAGGCCCAGCUGAAGGAACUCGACGAAGACAUCCGCUCGUACCUCACGCUCGAGAGCAACUGGAGGAACAAGGAGUACUGGACGGCACUGACCACUCUAUGUGCCGACCGCCGCCAGAAACUUAAACCGCAGGGUCCCGAAGGUCGGGCUGUUACCUCGGUUGCAUCCGAGGUUGACCGGAUUUUGGGUCCCAAAACGCUGGAGCAAUUAGAGGCACUGGAGAAGCAGAUCAAGGCCAAGCUGCAGUCAAACGAGCCGAUUGACACGGACUACUGGGAAGAGCUGCUCAAGAGUCUCCUCGUCUACAAGGCAAAGGCCAAGCUAAAGAAUGUCUGCGCGGCCAUCAAGGAUGCUCGCGUCCAGCUGCUGAUGGCCCGCGAUCCGGAGAAGGCAGCUGCAUUGGAAGCUACCGAUGGCUUUGCCGACACUCUUCCAGAGGCCGGCACAAGCGCUGCCAAACCUGCUCCUCCAACCGUGGCCUCUGCCACAACGUCUGCCACGACAUCUGCAACCUCCACUGCCCCGCCUCCGGGAACGGCUCGCUUUGCGGCGGCUGGAAACGAGGAUUUCUCGCAGGCCACCAAAGCUCUCUAUGAUCGCGAAGUCGCACGAGGAGUGGGCGAGGGCGAAGAGAUCUUUACUGCUGAGGAAGCGGUCCCAGGCAUGUCGAAGCCGCUCUGGGCCGACAAGUAUCGGCCCCGCAAGCCACGCUACUUCAACCGUGUGCUGAUGGGGUACGAGUGGAACAAGUACAACCAGACGCACUAUGAUCACGACAAUCCGCCGCCCAAGGUAGUCCAAGGCUACCGCUUCAACAUCUUUUAUCCGGAUCUCAUCGACAAGACCAAGGCGCCAACGUUCAAGAUCAUCCGAGAACACGGCCGCAGGAAAGGCGAGUCGUUCGCCCCCGCCGGCAAGGAGGACACCUGCCUCAUCCGCUUCAUAGCCGGCCCGCCAUACGAGGAUAUUGCCUUUCGGAUUGUUGAUCGCGAAUGGGACUACAGCGCCAAGAAAGAACGUGGAUUCAAGAGCAGUUUCGACAAGGGAAUCCUUCAGUUGCACUUUCAGUUCAAAAAGAUCUACUACCGCAAGUGA